AUGUGCGGUACGAAGGUCAACUUGUUUUUGGAGGCACAUUGCCUGCCGAAGAUUCCACGACCCGCCCUUCGUGACCGAGGAAAUCCUAUGGAGCUGUAUAACGAGGUACAUUUCCACGCUCGCUACCUGUUCACGAAACAUGCAGUGCAGCAGCUUCUGUCUACGCUGCCGCUCCAAGAAAGCCGGGACAAUCGAGGUCUGCCUGUGCCUCCUAUGCUGCAGCUGUUGAUGGCAUUGAGAUUUUACGGCGCUGGGACAUUUCAAACAGUGACCGAGGACCUCGUCCACAUUCUGCAGUCUACAGUGUGCCGAGCAGUCGGAAAAGUGACCACGCAGAUCUCAAAGCACUUGUACUUCAUAAUGGUGCACUUUCCGCCCGCAGGGGCGCCUGCGCAACCGCCGGAAUUUCAACAAGUUACGCAGGACUUCCAUGAAGUGGCCGAAUUCCCUGGCGUGACGGGAUGCAUAGACUGCACGCACGUGCAGAUUAAAAGCUCCGGUGCUGAAAAUGCCGAAGUGUUCCGCAACCACAAAAGCUAUUUCUCCUUCAAUGUGCAGGCGGUGGCUGGACCACAACUCCAGUUUGACAUUGUUGCCGGCUGGCCCAGCUCUGUUCAUGACAGCAGGAUUUUUGACAACUCCCGCUUGCGGGUGCUAUACGAAGAAAACCGGGUGCCCGGAGUGCUGUUGGGCGACGCUGGAUACGCAUGCCAUCCAUAUUUAUUCACACCAUUUUCAGAGCCAGGCCCCGCUGACGCACCCAAGGGAAGGUACCAAAGAGCCCAAAUAAAGACUCGGAACGUAGUUGAGAGGGCGUUCGGCGUGUGGAAGAGGCGUUUCCCUUGCCUGGACAUGGGAAUGCAGCACAAGGCCAAAAACAUCGUGCACAUAAUCACAGCUUGUGCUGCACUCCACAAGUUGGCCUGCUUAUUAGGGGAACCAGAGCGGGCGCCAGAGCCUUGCUCCUUCAGUACAGUGGCAACGAGAACAGUGCACCUGCCACGUGUUGAUCGCCUCGCCGACAGCCGUUCAGGAAAUCAAGCGCGGGACCUGCUCGUACGCAAGAGCUUCACAUAG